AUGCGCCCCUGUACCGCCUCCUCAUGCUGCUGCCAGGUCCAGAGUGUUUCAUGGGCCCCCGUACCAACUCCUCAUGCUGCUGCCAGGCCCGUAAUCUGUCAUGGGCCCCUGUACCGCCUCUUUCAUGCUGCUGCCAGGUCCAGAGUGUGUCAUGGGUCCCCGGCCUCCCAUUGCUGCUGCCAGGCCCCUAAUCUGCCAUGGGCCCCCGUACCAACUCCUCAUGCUGCUGCCAGGCCCGUAAUCUGUCAUGGGCCCCUGUACCGCCUCCUCAUGCUGCUGCCAGGUCCAGAUUGUGUCAUGGGUCCCUGUACCGCCUCCCAUUGCUGCUGUCUCCAUCGCCACACUCUGCCAUGUGCCACUUUCAGGUCUCCUCACACUGCUGGUGGGUUCCAUUUUUGUCAUAGGGUGCUGUAUGGCCUCCCAUUGCUGCUGCCUCCACCGCCACACUGUGGCUCCACACUCUGGUUUUGGCCCCGUGACUGCCCAAAUGAGUGAAGUGUGCGGUGAUUCUAAGAUCGACGGCACUCAUCUGCAUGUCAUACUGACUGACAGUAUUAUUUCUCUUCCCCAGCAGACUCCAAGGGCAUUUAAAUUAAAGGUACAGUGUUCUGCACUAAUAUAA